AUGUUGUUGGAUCACGUGUUCCUACUGACAACAUUUGAUUGGCUAUUACUGGAAAGCAGCGCUUUCAGGGUGGUGGAUCUGACGCAUAGUCAAGGGGUGACAACUCUAUACUGGCCAGGAAACGUGGACUUCAACUUCACUAUUCUAGCUCGAGGACAGACGGAAAAUUUCUGGCUGGAAGCAAAUUGGUUUGGAACCGCCGAGCAUGGCGGAACACAUCUGGAUUCACCUUCACACUUCAGUCAAGGUCAGUGGAGGACGCACCAAAUCCCGCCCUCUCGUCUGAUUGGUCCGGGCGCCGUGAUUGACUUGAAGCCACAGGCGAUAGAAAAUCCGGAUUACAGAGUCACGAUUAGGGAUCUGGAGAAAUGGGAACAGAGUCACGGACGGAUUCCAAACGGAGCGAUCGUCUUGAUAAACUUCGGGUGGGCACACCGCUACCCUAACCGAUCGCUGGUCUUCAACACGAACGACACGGAAAACUCGACGACGUUCCACUUUCCGGGAAUUCACGAAGAUACCGCCCGGUGGAUGGCGGCCAAUAGGAACAUCAGCAUAGUCGCCGUGGACACGCCUUCGGUAGAUUCCGGGCAGGCGGUGCAUUUUCCGGUGCACCAGAUCUUUGGAAGAAAUAACAUACCGGGCGUGGAGAAUGUUGCUAACAUUGACGCACUUCCGGUCACGGGGUCUACGGUGUUUGUCGGCGUUAUCAAGCUUUUUGACGGAAGUGGCGGGCCCACCCGGAUCAUGGCUCUCAUUGAUGACCCCUGUCAAAAUAAUGGCGCAAAUCAGUUGUCGAAUGGGCUGCCAUUUCUAGCAUUCGCUCUGCUGACGUGUUUGUUAAAUAAAUAUUAA